AUGGCAGCAGAAUGUCCAGGACAAGGUAAGAGUUCAUGGCCCGAGCUCCUCGGGACACCCGGAGAAACUGCUGCAGCAACGAUCGAGAGGGAAAAUCCUUCGGUCAAUGCUGUGAUUGUGGAAGUAGGAUCAACAGUCACCACAGAUAUUCGUUGCGAUAGGGUUCGUGUUUGGGUUAAUACAAAUGGUAUUGUCACAAGGGUCCCUGUAAUUCGUUAGGCUUGAAAGUUUACAGUUGCUGCUGAACUCUUGAUAAUAAAUUAGUAUGAUGUGAUAUUGUGUUUGGAAGGAAGCCCCAACAAUGGAGUUCAUAUUCUCCAUGUAUUAACUUGUGAUGAAAUAAGAGUGGCUUAUUAUUA